GCUUUAGAAUAUUUAGAGAGCUGCAUAAGAACAUCUCCUUGUAGAAACAACGCCGCAUGCUACAAUGUUAAUAGGACUGAAACAUGCAUUUGCCGGCAUGGAUUUCAUGGACCAACUUGUUCCGAGGACGCAAACGAAAAUCUCACAAGCACAAUUAACACGGGGGCCAUAUUCACAGAUGUUGCGCUACCAAAAACUGUUAUUUGCUACGUCUCCUAUCUUUGCUCGAUUCCAUUUACUGUCACCAGAAACAUUCAUGACAAGCCUUUAGUUGUCCCUGGAUAUUUAGAUCCCUCGAUGACGAUCAUGAAGUUGGAGCUGACAGACGCUGAAUCACGUAGUGGUAUUGUCCAUGGAAUCCUAGAGGUGAUUGAUAAUAUCCUGGGAACAAAAACAAUAUGUCUGGAUUCAGUUGAGAGCUCGAGAGAUGCUAGGAUAGGAGAUGAAACAUGUUUUGAAGUGCGUGUUGUCACAGGUCAUUAUUACAGAGAAUUUAGUAAUUAUCCUCUAUUUCUGAAACCUACAUUUGAAGACAGCAGUACAUUCCAGUGUUUGGUAGGGAAAUACUGUCAUGUACAUCUGUGGACUUCAAAGUUAUUAACCAAAACCAAUUGUCCAGUUCUAAAAUCUGACGAAAACUUUGAAAGCGGUGUGUUCAUUAUUCCUCCAUUAAAUCAAACUCUAUUUCCUUGCAUGUAUGACGUUGUACUAAGAAUGGAUCAACCAGCCAACAAAUCUGUCUGCUUUUCACUAAAUGACGGAAUGUUCACCGAGAAAAGAUGCUACAUAAUUCAAUUUUCCUUCUCAUUGAGUGUGAAAGGGUCUUGUGCUCAAAAGUCGUGUAGUAACGGUGGAUUCUGUGAUGGACAUGAAGACACAAGGAAGUGUUUUUGCCGAGUGGGGUUCUCUGGUGAUAGCUGUUCUACUGAGUUUGGUAUCCCCCAAGAGAUGCAUACACAGAAUAUACAAUAUCCUCUGCUUGGAAAUGUACUUCUACCAAAAAGAAUGAAUUGUCCUUUGAAUGAGGAGUGUCAAAUACAGCUUCUAAUUACUGGAAAAACGGGAUUUUACAUUACUACUAGCACUGACUCUACAAGUGUAGCGGUCAAGGAAAUAAAGGAAGCUCGUGUAUCUAAGGAUUUCCUCGCUACAAUAACAGUUGUCAACAAGAAAACUGGCUCUCAUCAGCUCUGUGUGGGCAUUUCUCCUGAUAGAUACAGUAUCGAAACAGACAAAGUUUGUUGCAGUAUCUCCACCCAGAACACAGAUUAUAUUACCUGUGAGGACGUCUCCGUUGACGACUGCAGCGAUCCAGCAGCGCUCAAUAAUAUUUGCUCAGAUCCAACCACGGCUACAUUCUGUAGAAAAUCCUGCAAUCUCUGUCACAACAUACCUACAACUUUGAAAAAUACUGACAAGCAAUUAUUUAUUGGACCAUCUCCAACAAAUGUGUCACUUUUCACAUGUUCUGCAGACAUUGAUUGCCACGUAUUGCUUUAUCUAAAACGAGGCCACAACAACUUAUGUCCUGAGGUUUCCGCCCGUCCAGUACCUGGAAGUACUGUGCACAUUUUUAGAACUCCUGACUGUGAUAACUGUUCCGUGGAUGUUCUAAUCCAUACUUCUAUCUCCCGCCCAACACAGAGGGCACAGCUUUGUGUCGAGGCAUCGGACUACAACUCUGGACUGGACGACCUAAGAUGUUACUUUGUGGAUUACGAAAUACAUGCAUCAAGACGCCAGACCCUGAGUGUUACACACACUACCACAUCAACAUCUCGACGAACGCUUCAGGUUAACCUUGGAAACGUGAUUGGAUAAUCUAAGUAGUAAAAAUAUAAACAGAUUGUCAAUGAAAUUAAUGAUGACACUUUAAGGAUUUGAACACUUGUCGUCUAUAACAAGGAAAGAUGUCAUUAAAAUGGAUUUAUAGCUUUUACAUG